UAUUGUUAUUUUUUUGCUUAAUUUUACUUUCAGUUCGUUGCUUAAACUUAACGCAAAAGUGCUUUACAUUCUCACCAUCACAGCUACUUUUUUUGUUGCAAAAAACAUCAUUAUUCAAACAAAAAGUUGAGCAUGGAUCAGCAACAGAAUCAGGAGCUGACGCAACCAAGUUCAACAUGGUUACAAAGUUUUUCAACAUCUUAUCGAGAAUUAUUGUCAACUUGCAAUGUUUGUCAACAGAGUAAUGCCAGAGCAUGCACUGGUUGCCAAACAGUUUUCUACUGCUCGCAGAAGUGCCAGAAGAAGGAUUGGAAAACUCACAAAAGUAACUGUAAGCUUUCAUCUCAAAAAAAUUCAUCAAAUCUAUCAUAUCUCCCUGAAAGUCAGUCAGCUGCUGCAGCCAGGAGUAACAAUUUUCCUAUCAGAUUGGAGACUAAUUUUGAUUCCAAUCGGCGUGAAGUUGAAAAGUUAGUAGAAACUUACUCGUACCUAAUACCAGAUUACGCGAUGGAGUACAAGCGUAAAUAUCCGAGAAACUUCGAACAUGUUUCCAAGCUUAUUGAUAAUCGAAGAUCAAGCAUUGCUUUAUUUGGAAGAAUAGAGGACGGCCAGGAUGUAUUUUUGGACGAAGAUUUUGACCCGGAAAUUGCACUGAAGCGAUGGGGUGUAACUGAAAAAAACAAGACUUUUUGUGAGUCUUCGCUGUUUCAGUUUAGUCGCAACAAAGACUUGAAAGUCGGCGACAUUUGGGACAAGCCAUACGCGACCGAGACAGAUCUUGGAGAGUCAAAGUUCACAUUGAAAUUCUCAGAGAUAUUACGGAAUAGCCCGAACCAGGAGCUCUUUUUCGAGUUUGAUCGACAUUAUGUCUUUUUUGGUUACGUUGAUUUUAGUCAACUUUUAUGGGGAUCUUUUCAAACUGAAAAAGAAGGAGUUUUGCAUUUUCAUGGCUACGAUCAGGCUGAAAUAACAAUAGCAAGAAGCUUUUUGAUUUAUGAGAUGAUGAAAAAUAAAAAAGUGAAAGACAAAACGAUUCUUCAAGUUUGGUUUUCAACUUGUUGGGACAGAGAGACUAAAAAAGAUUUCGCAAAAUUUCUGGAAAUUGAAGUUCCCAAGAUUGGAAAUGAACUGCUUUCAAAACACGCUCAAAACUGGAAGCGCAAGAAAGGAAUGAAAGUCCAAUUUGCUCAAGACGCUUUUCUUAAAUACCAAAAAACUUGCGAUUUCAUUCUGUUAGAUAACUUGAAAUCGGAGUCCGACAGAUUGGCUUUGGCUCGCUAUUUAUUUACAGGAUGUUUCUUCACAGAUGAAAAUGGAGUAUGUGGAAACUGCACGAUGUUUCCUGAUUGGAACGAUGAUUGGAUUAAAGUUCCUAAUUUUGAGAACUUCUUCGAUUCGAUUGACGUUCUCAAAGUUUGCAAAAGUUUAUUGCCGAGCCAAACGUCCCUGGUUGCAUUAAUUGCCGAGAAAACUGCAGAAAAGUUAAGUGAACUGCGUGGCUUUAUUCAAAAUCAGAAAAUCCUUUGCCAUUUGACAGUGAAAACGAUCAACACAAACGACAAGGCAAUUGCAUCUGAGAUAAAAGAACUUAAUCCUUACUUGAUAGAUUGGAGCAACUUGCCUGAUUAUUGGCAUCGAUUUGACUUUUUGGAUUUUGCUGAAAAAUGCAGUGGCGCGGAAACAGUACAUCAUUUCCAUACAAUCAACUGGGUUCAGAAAACCUUUGGGGCAUUGUACUAUGACUUCAUCAAAAAUAGAAAGGCCUUGGAAGAAAAGUUUAGAGCUAACAUGAGUGCUUUGAAACAGGCAGCUACAAUGAUUCAAGUCCAAUCACCAGAUGCAGUCAAACUUAUUCGGAUCCCAAGUUUCAAACUGCCGUCGAACCGAUUCACGGAAUUCUCAAUCAUCACUCUUGGCAAGCACUACUUGGCUCAUGCAUUGACAACCAGAAACGGGCAAGUUGUAAAACACAAGAAAGGUUCCCUUCAAAAUCAAUUCCAAAUAUUCGGAAACUGCCCGUCAACUAUUAACUGCACGUUUUGGUUUGACGAACAACCGCUUCCUGCAAGCAAAUAGACCUUCUUGCAAGUAUUCCAGAAAAAAUGAACUUCUUUCUAAUCUUGGAGAUUUGAGCAGAGGGUUCCUAAAAAGGAUGAAACCAAAAAUGUAAUUAAACUUAACAAACAUGUAGUU